AUGGAAGAAACUGAUGCACAAGCUCAGCCAAAAUUAGAUGAUCUUGGAAGGAUUAUCCCUGAAACUGAAGAGAAUAAGGAAGCUCCAGUUGAAAAUCCAGUAAGACAUCUUAUUGACGCUAAUAUUAAAAUUGAAGAUUUCGAGUCAGAGCCAAUUGAUAUUAAAAAGUCAGCUGCUGAACUUGCAAGGUAUUUAGUCAAAUCUAUGUCGCCAAGACAAAAACUAUCUUCAGAAUUAGUUAAACAAAUCGGUGGAAAAAUUUUCACAGCAGCUACACAGCCAAGACUUAUCAAACAAGUUGCAAUGGACAGUAUCGCAACGAAUCCUAUCAGUCCAAGUACAUUAGCUGCAAUUAUUGGUUUUUAUACAAUCGAAUAUGCCGACGCUACAAAGAGAACAAUCAUCAACGACUUAAUUCCACAAGCAAUAAGCAAAGCAUUUACAGAAGACAACUAUACAACAGUUAAACGUUUUCUUAUUUUCUUAAGUUGCUUUAUCUCUUACAACUUUGUUACAAAGGAGUCAUUUAUCGCUCUCCUCAACGACCUUGCCGCUAAGCUUGACGAAGCCAGCGAUUUCAGACGCGAUGCUAUCUCCAGAAUUAUAUUAUUCAUCUGCAGAACAGCUCCAGAAGAAAUUGACGAUGAAUCGUUAAAUGGCAUCAUCAGCAAGGUACGUCCAUUCGUAGAAGACACUACAUUCAUCAGCCGCUACAAGCAAACAGAAGAUUCUCAAAGUAUCUCACAAUUACUCCUUCAAAUGCCAGUUACUCCACGUUUCGACUUCCAUACAUCGGAUUACGCCGAACUCUUCAAGGCUAGAUCAUCUCCUAUCGAUAUUCCAAAAAUAGAAUUCACAUUUGGAGAACACGACCUCGCACCACCUCCAGUUAUGUGCCUCAACAUAUACCAAUCCGAUAUCGAGACAUUCCCAGUCCUUUUAGACACAUGUUUCGAUAUUAUUACAUUCUUAUCACCAGAUUUACAAGCUAUGGUCGAUAUGUUGUUCACUCUUCCAUUAUUAGACCAUAACGCUGAACUUUACGCUGAACAAAUCGAUUUCGGAGCAGACGAAUACAGACAUUACGUCGAGGCCAUCUUUACAGCCAUUCUUUCCGAUAUGACUCGCAUCCCAAGAUCCGCUUAUCCGCUUGCUUUCCAUGCCUCCCUCAUUACUUCCCUUCUUACCGACCGACCAGAGCUCAUUGAAAUUUACCAGUCUAUCGUCGACAAAUUGGUCAAUAACUUAUCCCUCGAUUUCUGCUUGUUCAGACGCAUUGUUCUUGUUCUUUCACAUGCAUUCUGCAACAUCGGAAAGUCACAACUUCGUGUUCCACCGUUGAGAUGGGAUGACUGGAAGGGAGCCGCUCAAAUCGAGUCAAAUUCUGACGCAAGGAAAUUGUUCAUUCAAAGUUUCAUGGAACACGUGUCACUUUUCGGAAAUUGGGAAGUCAUCAAAAAAGACGUUCCUGAAGAGUUCUACAACUUGGUUUACAAUACAAACCAGGGAGAACCUGAUAACGAUAUCAAGACAUUGCAUACAAAGAUCGAAACAGCUAUGGAAGAAGUCGAGAAAUAUAUCACAGAAAAUACAGCCAAAAUUGGUGAAGCUGGCACCCUUGCCCUGCUCCUUAAGGCCAUUUUCAUGGGAAUUACAAGCGGUGAAGCUGCUAUAAAGACUAUUAAAUUGCAAAAUAAUCUCAUUAUGGACUAUUUCAAGUCAGAUACCCAAGAUUGGAGAGCGCAACAGUUGGUUGAUACAGUUUAUAAUAUCUUCAAGGCCCAGCCAACAGUUCUUUCCCAAGUUAUUGUUUAUUUCAUCAACUAUGACUACGUUAGAGACAAAGAUUUCUUCGAUUGGUUGUUCGAAGAAACCGACGAGGCUAAAGCAAGACUACUUAUACCAACAACAUGGGACGUUUUCCAGAAUGUUAUCGAUUGCAUCUCAGGUUGUUAUGAAGCAGAAGGAAGAACAGAAGACAUGACAGAAAUGCUCAAGCUCCUCUUCGAAAGAGUCAUAGAAUUGUACAAUGAACUCUCUGGAGCGAUGAUUGAAAGACUUCUCAACGGAAACCUUAAGGAAUUCAUCCUUGGUCAUACAAAGGCAUUCGCUGCUGCUCAGGUCGAACUUAGAGGACUCAUUUCCGAUUCUACAAAAGCUGAAUUUGUUCAAUUCUUUGAUAAGCUUGCCCUUCUCUGCCAAUAA